GAGGUGCAGAGGUUGAUGAGAACGGCCGGUCCGCGCUGCACCUCGCCGCCUUCAACGGGGAGAGGGAGGAGGUUGAGCGGCUAGUGACUUCAGGAGCUGAGAUUGAAGCCACAGACGAGGAAGGCCAAACUCCACUGCACUUGGCGGUGAGGAAGGGCCACUGCGAGGUGGUGGACCGACUCCUGGCGGCAAAGGCCGCUGUUGACGCACAGGAUCAAGACCGUGCAACCCCGCUGCAUUGGGCAGCGGGUCGAGGCCACCCCGCCACGGUGGACCGGCUUCUGGCGUCCGGCGCCGCCGUCGAGGCGAAGGACAGCCGGGGUCGGACGCCUCUUCACUACGCGUCCAUGAACGGACACUCCGAGGCGGCGCAGCGGCUGGUCGACGUGGGCGCCGACGUCGACGCCCGGGACGACCGCGGCUCGGGGCGCCCGGAGAACGGAGAACGGAGCGGAGCGGAGCGGAUCGAGGUCGAGGUCUCUCGGCGUCGAUGGCGACGGUCGCUUUCGCCGAACAAAGCGGCCGAGGCAGAACGCCCUGGGAGUACGCCCAAGGGAGUGGCCAUGAGACGCGGAUGGCGCCGGUUCUGCGUCCCGU